AAGUCCAGACAACACCCUAAACCGGUUUAAAGUAUAUUCCUAGUUAUUGUAUGUGUGUGAGAGAAUGCCACGGGCUCCGCAGAAUUUCCAAGGCCCAAAAGUGCGGAGCUGUACAGAGCCAUGAUUGCGUCUUUGUUUGUUUUGCACGUUUCCAAGCGAUGAUAACGCGGUUAGCGUUUGAGGAAGCAGCCCCUAGAGUUGGCUUGCACAGGUCUGGAUGUAUCUGAUUGGAGUAGCAGUAGUCAGAGUGGGUGAUCACAGGGAGGAGGGGAGAGACUCUGAAGUGGCUUUUCUGCGUGUGUGUGUGUGAUUCUCCAGCGGCCAUGUUAACCAAGAAACCCUGCGCUGCCGCUGCUGCUACUGCUGUCUACCCGACUGGCAAAGGGGUUGAGAUUUGCCAGCUACAGUCUUCCCCCGGACUGGGCAUCGGGGGUCCCCGGGCUGUAGCAGGGACUGAAGCCACAUCACCCGUCACACUACCACCACUCAGGAACAGCAACUCUCUAACGGCUGGAGGCAAUAAGCACACAAUGAAUGACCAUCUGCACGUUGGGAAUCACCAGCAGAUCCACGUCCAACAGCUGUUUGAGGAGAACAGCAACAAACGGACAGUGUUGACCGCACAACCCAACGGGUUGACACCCGUAGGUAGAGCAGGUCUGACCAUGCCGGAGAAGCAGCAAGAAAGCAGCCAGUGUCGACAAGGCAGCUCAACUUCCAUCAAAUCAACUGAAAGCAAACCUAAGCCAGCGCCUUUGACUCCUGAGCAGGCCAUGAAACAGUACAUGUCAAAGCUUUCAGUGUUUGAACACCAAGAAAUCUUCACCUACCCUGAGGUCUAUUUUAUAGGUCCAAAUGCAAAGAAAAGACAAGGUGUUGUUGGAGGGUCUAACAAUGGAGGUUAUGACGACGAUCAGGGCUCCUACAUUCAUGUGCCCCAUGACCAUAUAUCAUAUAGGUAUGAGGUACUAAAGGUUAUUGGUAAAGGCAGUUUUGGGCAGGUGGUGAAGGCCUAUGACCACAAGAACCACCAGCAGGUGGCCCUGAAAAUGGUCCGUAAUGAAAAGCGAUUCCAUCGCCAAGCCGCUGAGGAAAUUCGCAUUCUGGAACAUUUGCGCAAGCAGGAUAAGGACUCCACCAUGAAUGUCAUCCACAUGCUGGAGAACUUUACAUUCCGCAACCAUAUCUGCAUGACGUUUGAGUUGCUCAGCAUGAACCUCUAUGAGCUCAUCAAGAAAAACAAGUUUCAGGGCUUUAGUUUGCCACUAGUGCGCAAGUUUGCACACUCCAUCUUACAGUGUCUGGACUCACUGCACAAGAACAGAAUUAUUCACUGCGACCUCAAACCUGAGAAUAUACUUCUGAAGCAGCAGGGGCGCAGUGGGAUAAAAGUGAUCGACUUUGGCUCUAGCUGUUAUGAGCAUCAACGGGUCUACACUUACAUCCAGUCACGCUUCUACAGGGCCCCAGAGGUCAUUCUGGGUGCUCGAUAUGGGAUGCCAAUUGAUAUGUGGAGCUUAGGUUGUAUCUUAGCGGAAUUACUUUCAGGGUACCCUCUCUUGCCUGGAGAAGAUGAAGGGGACCAACUAGCAUGUGUCAUAGAGCUGUUGGGUAUGCCCUCCCAGAAGCUACUGGAUUCAUCCAAGAGAGCAAAAAAUUUUAUCAGUUCGAAGGGAUAUCCCCGUUAUUGCACAGUCACAACCUUACCUGAUGGUUCAGUGGGGCUGAAUGGGGGAAGGUCACGUAGGGGCAAACUCAGAGGUCCACCAGGCAGCAGAGACUGGGUGACAGCACUUAAAGGCUGUGAUGACCCCCUCUUCUUGGACUUUCUAAAACAGUGUCUAGAGUGGGACCCGUCCCUGCGUAUGACCCCUAGUCAGGCCCUCCGCCACCCAUGGCUCAGAAGACGCUUGCCAAAACCUCCCACUGGGGAGAAAACCACCAUAAAGCGGAUCACUGAGGGUACUGGUGCUAUAACCUCAAUCUCCAAAUUACCUCCCCCUUCUGGCUCAGCCACAAAGUUAAGGACUAACAUGGCACAAAUGACUGAUGCCAAUGGGAAUAUACAACAAAGGACAGUGUUGCCAAAAUUAGUCAGCUGAACACUAAUUCUUUUUUCUUUUAAAUGAUGAUAUUGGAAAUUGUUGUUGAUAUUGCAAAGCUGAGCAUUCAGAUGUGUGGGUUUUUUAGGAAUGAGAGUCAUUAAUGCAUAUACACCAUUAAUGAACUGCUUUGUAGCACCUUUAGUUGGAUUGUAUUCUAGAAAAGCUCAAAUGGCCAAGAAAGGGGAACAACACUUUAAGGUUUUUAUGUCUGGACUUUGCUGAAUGCUGCUUUGAAGGAGCAGUCAUGUUCUACAAUCUGGUCUUUAAUAACAAAAAGUCCCACUUUGGUUUAAUACCUACAUAUUGUAGCAUAAAAAAGAAAAUUGAAUCACCACCCUCAGAUCCUGUCAGAUAAAUAGUGUGUUAAAGGUUAAAAUGUAUUUACUAAAAGCUAUUUGAUCUGAGACCUGUUGCAUUGCAGCCUAAUGUGGUCAAUAUCAAGACAAGAUCAUUUUUUAAACCCUCUAAGAGACUAUGUAAGAGAAACGGGUAAAAUGGAGAGUGGAUGUUGCAGACUGUAAUGAGGUAGCAAAGGGAAUCAAUGUUUACAUGAUAGACUUGGUAUGUGCCUAUAAAUCUCUUGACAUUCCUUAAAGACAUUAAAUGAGGAAAAAAAGAGAGUGUUUAGAUUGAUGGCAAGUUUAAAGGAAAUUAUGCGGCUAAAUGGAGAUGAUACUCAGCAGUACUUGACACUCUUGUAAUUAUAAGCUAUUCGCUGGAAGAGUUGCUUUUGACUGUGUACUGUCCUGGAAGGAAAAAAAACUUUGGUGCUUUACCUUUUUUAUUUAUGUUUUUUAUAUCUUGAAACGUAAUGCUUCUGAAACAAAACAGUGUUGUGUAAUCAAUAGGUUAUAGGUAAUAGGUAAGCAGAACAUUGCAUUUACUUCAAUGCAAGCAAGUAAUCAUGCAUGAUGCAUAUUUUAGAUGGACAAGGUUAUGGCAGAGUAUGUCACGAUUCAACAAGUCUCUUAACAAAUCUAUAACCACAAAGACAAUACAGAUGGCAACAUUGGCCUCAUAUGAGCAAGUCCACACAAUGAAUAUGUAAAAAUAUAAGGGUAUGCAGAGUUAAAAUUCUUAAAGGUUGUUCCCUUUUUUAAAAUUAUGUUACAAAUAAGUUAUUAAUAACACUUUUCCCCCAAAUCCAAAACAGUUGGAUUUGAAAAGGAAUAUUUCUCUUUAGAACACAAAGACUGGCCAUUUUUGUAGCAUUUUUGACAUGGAAAGAAUAAUUUGACUGACAUGGGUGUAAAAGCUUAGUAAGUUUAACUUAUUUAUUUCAUUUUAUUGUGUCAAUGAAGAGCUAAUAUAGGAGGAACCAGUGGAGGUGGCUUGUAUAUCAAUGGAUUGAUUUACGGUGCAAUGCACAAAAAUAUAUAUCUGCCACUACUUUGAAAUCCUACUCUAGCAGGGGGUAGUCCUGCUUAUUUUCACCCAGUCAUGGAUUGGGGGUGUGGAAGGAGGUCAAACUAUGGGCUGUCAGGGAGACCAGCAAAGCUGUAAUGCUCAUGUUGACCCACUCCCCCUCCCCCACUAGAGGCUGGCACAGUGCCCACCAGGCCUAAUGCACACUGCACAGGGCCUAAGGCCCUUUUGGACACCCAUAGUGCUUUACAAAUGCAGACAUUACCUGCCAACAUCAGCAGGCAUUUCACAAUGUACUUUACACUGUUUUUAUUGUUCUGUGAAUUGACAGCAGUGUGGAAUAAUUGUGCCCUUAGGUUUAAUACAAUGUGCCUUUGGUUAUCAAUGCCAUUCAUUUUAUUUUAAACAACAGUUCUCCCUAUCAUUUACUUUGAAAGACUCAUGGUGAUUCUCUUGCACAUGUUUGAGCAUUGCCCAAAGAUUGGCUACUUCCCAAACCUUGUUAAAUGGGACUUGGGGACAACUGGCCGCACAGUAGAGGUUGUACAUGUUCCGACACUCAAUCUCGUUUUCUACUAUGAUUUGAGAGGAGUAAACAAAUAACUUUAGGGCCCUUUUCCACCUGGGAUGUCUUAGUAAGAGAGUGUCUUCACCACUGCAUUCAAGUUAUCUUAACAUCACAAGUAUUCACGGUGAUACAUUUCGUUGAUUUUAUUUCAAUACAAAUGAGAACACAUUUUAAUAUUUUACCUCAGACUGUUGUGAUAUUCUUGUACUUUACAAAUCAAGGGCAUUUGGUACAUACCAAAGUGCAUUCCUUUCUGUGUUGGUGGCUAUGUGGGAAAAGAAGCCAGAUUUUCUCUUUACCUGAUCAAGAGGCCAUUCAAGCCACUCAAGAGUAUCUCUUGAGAAUGUUAAUCUUCUGUGGAGAGGGAUGGAUGCUUGAGCUCUAUUAGACAGUCACAUCGCCUGUUAAAAUGUCUGACAGAUGUAGCAUACCUCCUCUUGUUACUUGACAUGGCUGGAUGUAUCUUUUGGGCAGUAAAAACUGCAACCCCAUGAAAUCCAAAUCCAUGAGUAAGUUGUCAUCCUAGUGUGCAAUACAGUGGUAGCAUUGUUGGGGAAAAUCAAACCACAAGUCUGAAAGUUACAUUUUAAAAGGAUAUGCUUUUUAUAGUUUUUAAAUGUAUGCCCUAACUCUUGAAUCAGGCUACCCACUGUCAGCUUGGUUUUUUUAAAAACAAAUCUUUAACAGAGGAACAAAGUUGGCAAUGUUUAUAUUCAGCCACAGAAAUGUACUGUACAUAUGUGAAUUUGUUGAAUUCGAUGUGGAUGUGUACAUAUGUAUAAUGUUUUCAUUUUGUGAAAUGCUGCUGAAAACACUACAUAUAUUGCUGUAGUGGGGGUUUAAUGUUGGCGGCCAGUUUAAUGAUACUGUAUGUAUUGUACAGCUGAUGGAAGAAGUUUUUUCUAGUGAUCAUUUGUUAAAUUUUAUUGUGUGGCUGGAAUAUAUUAAUAAUAAAAGUUUUAAUGUCAAUCUUUAAAAAA